AUGGAAAGAGAUGAAGAUGAUGAUAUUCCAACACCAAAUACAAGUCGUUCAAAUAGUAUUAAUGAGGAUGAAGAGAAAUCAUCUUCAUCCCCUUUACCACCUCCAGAUGAAGAAACAAUUCAAUCUGAAUCUUCUCCUACAAAAGGUACAUCUAACAAUAUUGCUGAACAAAUAAGAACAACAUUAGCAGCAAAACGGGCUUCAUUCGCAUCAAGUUCUUCUUCUGUUUCUGCUUCGUCAGAAUCUGACACUGACUUUGUUGAUGUUACUAAAAAUGAUGUCACUCAAGAUGGUUCAACAUCAAUGAGUGCCAAUAUGUAA